AUGAAUGAACAACAAAGAAAUUUUGAAAAUUUUGCUGAUGAAAUAAUUAGAAUAGCUUCCUGUAUUCUCCAUGAGGGUGAAGAUUUAAAUUCAUUGGAAUUACAGUUGGAAAAAAUUGAAACUUUGCAUUCAAUAACAAUUUUAAGAAGAAGAAUUGAAUUGAAUUUGCCUAAUGAUUUAGCAUACACUAAUAUAUCAAAUGACGAUUUAGAUAACGAAAUCAGAAACAUACAAAGAGAACAACCAUUUUCUGGACAGAUAAUAAUAGCAGGUGUAUUAUGUUCAAGAGGAAUACGUGUUCAUCGUCAAAGGCUACAUGAGUCAUUAAAUCGUGUUGAUGCUUGGGGAAUGCACUUAAAAACGAUAAAAUACAAUCUUGCUCGUGGGAAUAAAGAUCUAUUUUUUUUUGAAAUUAGUUCAGUUUAUGGUCUUUACCAGAACGAGGAAUUGCUUAUUUUGAGUGGAGUAGGAAUAGAUGGUUAUUCACAAAUGAUCACUUUUUGUAACUGCAGUAGUAACAAUAAAUCCAUUACUGUUUUAACACAAUUUCAAAAAGGAAUAGAACAAUUUGGUAUUCCAAGUAGAGUAAGGGCAGAUCAUGGUGGUGAAAAUGCUUUAGUAAAGCAAUUUAUGGAAAGAUAUAGAGGGUAUGGAUGUGGUAGUUUUAUAGCAGGACGCUCAGUUCAUAAUCAACGCAUUGAAAGGUUAUGUGGUGAUAUAAAUCGAUGUGUUUUAAAGAUAUAUAAAACUAUUUUUCUAUAUUUAGAAGAAAAUUUUGAAUUAGAUAUUGAUAAUAAUACUCCAUUACAGUUAUUUACAUCUGGAAUGAUUGAAUGUGGAUAUAGAGGAAUGGAAGAUUUUAAUGUCAAUGAACUGUAUGGGAUUGACUGGGAAGGGCCUAUACCAUCAAAUUCAGAUGAUAAUGCUGCUGCUGUGGUUGUUGAAGAUCCUAGAAAUGUUUUAAACCAAAAUGAAUAUCAUGAAUUAUUAAAUUCAGUGGGUAUAGAUAGAGAAGAUAAUAAUUAUGGAAUAAAUGUUUAUUUAGAUACUUAA